UUCCUUUUUCCUUUUCCGUUUUUUCGGCAUUUGUCCAAGAGCCAGGAGGUUGCGUGAACUCUUGAAAGGGAUGCAUCUAAAUCGGCCUUCCGUGAGAUGCAAAAACUCUCUUUUCCUCGAGAGCACUUGCAUUGUCUUUGCGUGUCGCUACAGCCCGUUCCCGGUUUUCUUUCCCUUCUUCUCUCCUUUUCUCUCUUCCUUUCCUCUUCUUGCUCGACUGCUUCUCCUCUUCUCCGUCGCGUCUUUCUCGGCGGACGACUUCCAGUCUUCUCUCGAACAGUUCCCUCCAGCAGCGCAGCUUUGUUUCUGGCUCGCCGAAGAGGUAGCGACCUUGUUCGGGGCACCGAAGAGAAUUCAGCUGUCUCUGCUUUCGUCUGCGAUAGAAAAAGAGGAAGGACGCGCGCAAUUAGGCAUAUCGGUCUCACAAGCAUCCUCCCUCUCCUCUUUUUUUUUCUCUCGUCUGCGUUCUUUCCGCCUUCUCGCCGCUUCUCCAGCCACCUUCCUAAACAAGGACAGCGAGGCUCGUCCUUCGUUCAUUUUUCUUUCCUGGAGGACGAUCAAAGACAGAACCGUUCCUCUCUCACACCUCCAGUGCCGCUUCAGCUCUGUCCUCGCCUCUCUCUCCCUUUCUUCGCCUCGUCUUCCUCGCCGCUUGGCCGCUCUCUCUUCCGAGAACGACCUGAAGGCGCGGUUCGUGAAUCGAACUCGUUCAGCCUCGAAGGCAGGCCAGGGUGAAGGCGAUGGACAGCGGUGUCGCACUCUCGUCUACACAGCACUCGGCUUCAGUGUCUCGAGCAAGUCUUUCCAGUUUUUUUCUGUCGCGUUCCCCGAGCUUCUCUCGCCCCCCCCCGUCUCUCAACGCUGAAGGAAUGAGCGGAGAGCUUUGCAGGUGAACUUCCUUCGCCGCGGAGAAACCAUGGGAGAUCCGCAGCAACAGGCCUGUGUCGGGGGAGGCUGGAUUGGUGGUGCCUGCAUUUUCUCGCACUGGGUGAGAAGACUUUUCUUCGUUUGGUAGCCUCUACUCCCCUUUCUCA